AUGAUCUACAACAGCGCAGAGUCCUUGGAAAUACCUAGGGUCGAUCUCCUGACGUUUCUUUUUGACCACAGCUUUGCGCGCUCCAAAGAAGACACUCUUCUACACGCCGAAGCGCGCGAUCCCGCCAAGGGCAUCACCAAGGCGCACGCGAGAAAUCUCACCAAGCAAUUCGCACACUUUCUCCGGCGCGAGUAUGGCAUCGGCAAGAACGGCGAGGGAAGCGACGUGGUCAUGGUCGUCUCGUCGGGCCAGUCUGCGCUUCCUUGUCUCUUUUACGGCGUGAUUGCGGCCGGGGGCAUCUACUCGGCGGGCUCGCCCAUGAACACGCCGUCGGAGCUUGCGCGGCAGAUUCGAGACGGCCCGGGCAAGGUGGUUGUGUGCAGCAAGGACGACGCCGCGCUGGAGAGCACGGUCAAGGCGGCGACGGAGGCCGGCCUGUCCAAGCGCCACGUGUUGGUUCUCGAGUCGCACCCAGACAUUAAGCUCUACAGCGCAGACGGCGCGGUGGCGUGCGACUUUCGCGGCGAGCUGGACUGGAGAGUCAUCAAAGACCCGCGCGAGCUUGAGAAGAGCAAGAUUUGCAUUCUGUACUCCUCAGGCACCACCGGGCUCCCCAAAGGCGUGCUCGUAUCGCAUCAAAACUUGGUCGCCCAAAGUUUCCUCAUGGGCUCCCGCGAACGGCAAUACUGGGACAAGCAGCCGGCGUGGACGGGCCGAACGCUCGCGCACCUGCCCGCGGCGCACAUUGCCGGCGUCGUCAGCUACUUUGCCGCGCAGGUCGUGAGCGGCGCGACGACGUACUGGAUGCCCAAGUUUGAGUUUGGCGAGUUUGUCAAGCACAUGCAGGCGCUCCGGAUCAACACCUUCUUCACCGUGCCGCCCAUCUACCUGGCCAUUGCCAAGCACCCGGCCGUCAAGGAGCAGUUUCACCACGCGAAGCAGGCGACGGUCGGCGCGGCGCCGAUAAGCGCCGAGCUGCGCGCAGAGGCCAACAGGAAGAUGCCGAAUCUCGUCAUCGGACAGGUUUGGGGCAUGAGCGAGACGACGGGCGCGGCGACGUGCACGGCUGUGAAUGCGCAGGAGCAUGCUGGCAGUCUGGGGCCGUUGCUGCCGAAUCUUUCCGUCCGCCUUGUUGACGAGGAAGGAAACGAUGUGGCACCAGGGCAGCCCGGCGAGGUUCUCAUCAAGGGACCUAUCGUGACGCAAGGCUACCAUAGAAAUCCCGAAGCAAACGAAAAGUCGUUUACGACGGAUGGCUGGAUGCGAACCGGAGAUGUCAUGCGGAUUGACGCAAACAACCUCUUUCACAUUGUAGACCGCAAAAAGGCAAGCCAGAUAAGCCAUACAACCCGGAAAAAGCCAGAGCUGAUCAAGUACAAGGGAUUGCAGGUCGCCCCUGCCGAACUCGAGGGUGUGUUGGAAGCGCAUCCCGCCGUUGGCGAUGCUGGCGUCAUUGGCGUGCCGUACAACGACACAGAGGCGCCCCGAGCCUUUGUCGUGCUGACGCCAGCCAGCAAGGGCAAGGUCACGGAGCAGGAGCUGAUACAAUAUGUACACGGCAAGGUCGCCGACUACAAGAAGCUGCGUGGCGGAUUGGUCUUUGUGGAUGCUGUGCCCCGAAGCCCGAGUGGCAAGAUUCUGCGAAAGCAGCUUCGUGAAUCAGAGAAGCGUCUGUCCAAGAUCUAA